AUGCUAUUGAGCGCUACGGCUGAUGCCAAUGCACGUGAUUGUCACGGCCAAUCUCCAAUCUUCUUUGCCCCUUCGCGGCAAAUCUGCGAGACCCUUAUGGCAAGGGGCGCUGACUUGAGCGUGGUGAACAUCAGAAAUCAGACACCCCUUCAUCUGCUAGCUCGAGCAGGACUCCAUGAUGCAGCCGCGUGUAUCUUGGAAGUCUUGCAGGCGCCCGUCCUGGAGCUUGAGGACUUGACUGGAACUACGCCGCUGCUACAUGCUGCGCAUUCGAAAGUGAAGUCAAUCGUUCGCAUGUUGCGCGCGAAGAAAGACCAUGCACCCGAUACGUACCUUCCAAUCCAGGCUGAGCCCGAGGCUGGGUCAGCGGGGUACCAAAGUGCACAAAGCAUGUUCGUCUUCUGUGCACUUAAGGGGAUCAGCGGCGAAUGCCUGCGACUCACCAGCUCGGACGCCAGGUCGCUGAAGAAGCACAGCGUUGGCAGUGUUACUCGUUGCACUCUCGUAGCAGUUUGGCAGGACUUCGUGGCAAUGUUUCCAGAGCUGCAGGCAGGCUUCCGUGAGACGGCCAGAUCUGGCGAAUCGGUGUUGGCAGGAGAGGUCGCUGAUGUUUCAGAGCACGCUUCGGAGACGGAUUCCUUUGCAUCCCAGCAGGUCUUUGCAGAGGAAGCACAGGCUGGAAUUGAAGAAGAGGAUGGCUGUCUGUUCUGGCAAGUCCUGCUCAAAAAGGAAAGCGAUCAAGACAAGUUUGGAUUUGCUCAGGCAAACGGCAAAAUGGAGUUUGAGAUCCGUCUGGAAGGCAAAUUUGAGUCAAGCAAACGUCCACGCUUGCCCGGACCAGACAUGUUAGUAGUAAAGAGGAUAUAUCCUGAUGGCCUUCUCCAGAAAUGGAAUGCACGGGUUCCGCAGCUGGAGGUGCGUCCACAGGAUCGAAUACUGGCCGUCAAUGACCAGACAGACGUUGAGGCAAUGGCCAGGGAGAUCCGUGAGCCACGUGUCUUCCUUCAAAUGGUGAGGUUUCCAGAUCGGUUCAUCAUCGGCCUGAGCAAGGAAAACGGGAGCAAGCUUGGAUUCCGAUUUGAGCGGCCUCAGGGCACUUUUGCCGAAGAAGUUCGCAUCACCGAGGUGCUCGAUGAUGGUGCACUCAUGGCAUACAAUAAGCACCAGGUUGAAAUGGGAAGAUACGCAUUCGUGGUGCUUCCAGAGAUGCGAAUAGACCGCGUCAACGACGUUUGGGGCGAUGCCGAACUCAUAGCAAACGAGCUGAAAUCUGCCAUGGCCGUGGACCUCCACAUUCGUCGAGCGGACGACUUCCCGUCGACCCCAACCCCUUGA